AUGUUUCUGACGACUCUUCAAGUGACGCCCGAUAACAGCACAUCAAGUGAUCUCAGCUCAGAAAAUUCGGAAAAUGAUUCUCAUCCCUUUAAAGCAACUCCACUUUCAACGUUGGAAACGUUUGCUAUUGUCAUAUUCUUAGCACUAUUCUCCUCUGUAUAUCUAAUAUAUGCACAACAUCAUAAGGUGCUGUUUUAUAUGAUGACGAGUUUAAUAGUUCUAUGGAUUGUAUUUAUCUACACUGCGGGUAUAUUGAGUGUAUUGUACAUGAUUAUUGUUGGAUAUGAUGAAAAACCUCAAGAACAACACGAGAAAGACGUUGAAACACAACACGAAUCCUCGAUGUAG